UUUAUUAAAAGUGUGUUGGUCGGUCAUCGAUGAUUGAAGAUACAGUUAAGCAGCAGUGGCGUACGAAGUGUUCUGUGUUGUGUUUUUCGAAUAAAUUUGUCCAGAAUUGUGGAUUUUAGAACAAAAUGUUGAAGCAAUUGCUUCUACUAGCCAUAGGAGGCACAGUAGUUUUGGCACAGAGAAGAUUAGCCCUACCUGAUCCAAGGAGUUGUUCAAACAGGGUGAGACAUGCCACCUACAGAGACGCCCGUGGAGUAACACACUCAUACUUCUUCAGUUGGGAGCACGCACCAACAAGGGGGUUGGAAGUUGAUUGGUUGGACGCACGUAACAUUUGCAGACGCCAUUGUAUGGACGCCGUUUCCUUGGAAACUCCUCAAGAAAAUGAGUUCGUCAAGCAGAGGAUUGCUCGUGGUAAUGUCAGGUACAUCUGGACUUCUGGAAGGAAAUGUAACUUCGCUGGUUGUGACAGACCCGACCUCCAACCACAAAACAUAAACGGAUGGUUCUGGUCUGGUUCAGGUGCCAAAAUUGGACCUACUACCCAAAGAAACUCUGGAGAUUGGAGUAGCACUGGAGGAUUUGGACAAGCUCAACCUGAUAACAGAGAGGCUGCCCAAGGUAACGAUGAAUCCUGCCUAUCCAUCUUGAACAACUUCUAUAACGAUGGUAUCAAAUGGCACGAUGUAGCCUGUCAUCACGUCAAACCCUUCGUUUGCGAGGACAGCGAGGAACUUCUCAACUUUGUGGCAUCCAGAAACCCUGGCAUCAGAUUGUAAAUACCGGAAUCGACAGAUGUUCUCAUCAAUUCAAAAUCCAGUCCUUCAUAACCUUCCUCUCCUGAAAAAUCCCAUCCUGUGAAAUUCCAGCGUCCUGCUUCUUCUAUUUAUUUCUGAAUUUAUUAUUGCAUCUUGUGAAUAUUUGCUUUCAUUCAUAGUUUUUAGGUAAUUAUUAUCAUAUGGAAUAAAUUAUAUUUUAAUAAUAAAAAAAUCAUUGAAUAUGUUU